CUUCCCUUUGUCAGAGGCUGAUAGAAAAGCGUCGACAUCACUUUCAAAAGCAAAAUGCGUCCAAAAAUACACAAAAUAACAUAAUUUGGAUUCUUCAGGAAAUUUAAAGAUUUUCUCUAAUGGUGGAUCCAUAUCAAAAUCCAACAAUGUAAACCAACCAUAUAGAAUCAUGUAGCUGAUCAAUAGUGUAAAACAAAAUGGAUUAGAACAUUUAAAUUUCAUUGGAGUAUAAUUGAAAGAUUUCGCAAAAACCCAAAAUGGAAUCGCUGCAGUGUCAAAUUUGUAGCAACUUUUUCCAAGACUUACAAUUGUUGAACGAUCACAUUGAAACUCAUACUAAAAAGGAGCUUUAUCAAUUCGGUGUGUCAUUAAAAAACUACUUAGAGAUAUUGAUACGUGAAAACACAGUGCUGAAGGCACAAUUUAACCAUUUAAAACAAAGUCAGAUUCUUUCCACAGAGGACCAGUUUUCGUUGUAUAAUUCAUUUAAUUUAACUCCUUCUUCAAAAGAGGACCAAACCGAGCUAGUUCAUAAUGACAAGUUACCAGUUUACACAAUGGCUGAGGAGCAGACAGUUCAGGAUGAUGGCCAGUACAGGCAACCAGAGUAUGUGCAAGAGGUCACAGUACAAUCUGCUGAAAAUACAGUUGAACCUCAAAAUGAGCCAGAGAAUGUUUCAUUAAUUGAUCUCAGUCAGGAAGAAAUGAAUAAAAAUGAUGAAUUGUCACCAAAAGUCGUAGAAUCAGAAGACGAAACAAUAAUUUGCUGUAUUUGCAAAAUAACUUUUCCGAGUUACAAUUUGUUGAAUAACCAUAUACAGACACAUAUAGAUAGUAAUAGUUUUGCUUGUCCAGUUUGUCAAAAAGUUCUCAAUUCCCGCAAUAAUCUGCUUGUUCAUAUCCGUAUACACACUGGAGAAAAGCCGUACAAAUGUCACGUAUGUGGCAAACCAUUUACUCAAUAUGGAACACUUUAUCGUCACAAGAAGAAACAUGAAGCAAAUGGCGAGUAUGAGAAACCCGGAACAUCACCAAGAGGUGGCGAUCAGAGUGAUGCUAAGUCAAAUCACUCUACAAAGAGCACCGAAACUGCUGAUUCACCAGUUAUUGUUGAAGAUUCUCAAAAGUCAGGCUUUCCAUCAAUGCAACAGCAACAGUUAUCGUAUCCACCAAAUGUUAUGUUAUCUCCAAACACCUCAUUGGAAAGUAUUCUUCCGCAACAGUUACUGGCACAGGAAGGAAUUACACCUGAACUGCUGGAACGUUAUAAUCAGUUGCUCUUCCAACGACCACAAAAUCCAAUGCAGAUUUAUGGACAAGGUGGUGGUACCAAAGAAGGUGCAUGGCCGAAAACCAGUGAAGCAUCCGAUGAACAAAAAUCAGCAAUACCAGUACCGCAACCAAGACCAGAACAUAUAUCUGUGAACUCGUUAGAAACGCUGCCAUGGGCUAUCAAAAAAGAGCAUGAAAAGAAUGAGAAAGAAAUCGAUUUGAGUACUAUCACAGAAAGAGAAUCAAUCGACCAGCAACAUCAUCAACACCAGCAAUCACAGUAUCAGUAUAUGUAUCACGGAGAAAACAACACAGAAUCGCCUAGCUCUGAAACCACAACCAAACAACCAGAACCUGCACCUGAAAAAACAGAGACACAUAUACAUAGUCCAUUGAAUAUACCUCAAAUUCCUCCACGAGUUCCUCCAAGCUUAGAUGUAACGCACCCAGAGUAUUCAUUGAAUUUAUUAACAUCACAGGCAGUUUUAGCUAAUCCAAAUUAUAUCUAUCCUGGUCAGGAAGGAGCACCGCCACAUACUAAUGAUGUUGCAGCCCUAGAAGAACAAGCUAAGAAGGAAAAGCAACUUGUAGAAGAAUGGAAUGCUGCAAUGCAAGCACAGGCCCAAGCCAAUGCAUUAGCAGUUCAACAGUUUCACCAAGGACUACCUCCAAACACAAUAGCAGAAAAUCAAAAAGAUUCCAAAUCAAUGUCAAAUAACCAAAUAUUGGAAUCAUUUACGAGUUUAACCAAAAACCUUCUUCAAAAAUUAGCACACAAGAAAAGUGAUGCCGGGGAAGAUGAUGGUUCUGUUGAAAUGGGAGAUAUUAAAUGUUCCGUCUGUCAGGUUUCUGUCCCAUCCUACGAAGAGAUGAGAGCGCACAUUAAAACUCAUAAUAAACACACUUGUGAUGUUUGUCAGAAGAGUUUUUCAACACCUUUCGUUCUCCGUCGCCAUAAAAUGAUACACACAGGUGAACGACCUCAUGUUUGCUCCGUAUGCGGAAAGAGUUUCAUUGAGAAGCAACACCUUACCUGUCAUAUGAGAACACAUACUGGAGAUAAGCCUUAUCGGUGUAAAUUCUGUCCAAAAAAAUUUGCCCAGAGGAGCAGCUUGCAAAUUCACCAAAGAGUUCACCAAAGAGCAGAUGGCGGCAAAAGAUCUUCAACUGAGGAGGGAGAAAUGAAUGAAAGUUUGAAUACUUCGGCUGAAAUGGAAUCAUCCCCUGAUGCUAAGUUAAGUUUGACGGAGGCAAAUAUUAUGGAAUUAAGGAGAAGAUUGAGCUUUAAUGAAGCAGAUUUACUCAGAUUUAACCAAAAUCUUGCUGCACAAAGUAUAGAAAUGCUUCGACCUAGAACAAAGAGUAUGGAAUAUGGUCCAACUUCAGAACAAAAAGCUUACUGGGAUCCUAAUCUACACAAUGUUUUUGUACCUCCAGCUGUAGCCAAUCCCGAUGAGAAUAGAGAUGCCCUUGAUCUAACGUUUCAUAGUAGAGAACGGGAAAGAUCUCUGUCAAUCAAUUCUGAGGGAGCUCCUCCUACUUCUACACAAACUAUAGAUUUAAGUAAGACUGUGGAUUCUGGUCAACCAAUUGUCAUUCCUAAUCCAACAACAAGCGUGUCUUCACCAAUCAGACUUGAAACAGCAAGAUCUGCAGAUGCUGAAUUUGAACAGAAACUACAAGAACAAUUGCUUCGACAUACACAUGGGCAGCAGCAAACCAAAGCACAAGUACAACAAGCACAGAAUGAAGCAGUUGCACAGGCUGAAGCACAAGCUCAAGCCCAGGCUCAGGCUGUUGCAAUAGCACAGGCACAUUCUCAACAAAUACAGGCACACUCUGCACAAGCACAGGCACAUGCUGCACAAACACAGGCACAUGCUGCACAAGCACAGGCACAGCAAAAUCAUGAAAAUGGAGAUGAUGAGGAUGAGGAGGGGGAGAAUCAAGAACCGACAUCAGCUUCCUCUCAGGGAGAAGGGAACAUGUUUUUACAGAUGGCUAAAGCAGGAGAAUCUCCGUUUACUUGUCAUGUUUGUGGAAAGACUCUAAGCACACUGUAUACACUGCGUAAUCAUAUUCAGAACCAUUAUGGUCAUAAACCCUUCAGCUGUGAUGAAUGUGGUAAAACAUUUAGUAUUAAAACACAUCUUAUUACACAUAAACGUGUGCACACUGGAGAAAAGCCAUACAUCUGCCAGUGUUGCGGGAAACAUUUUCAACGUUAUAGCGCUGUUCAACGUCAUCUCCUCUUCGUUCAUAAAGUUGAAAAGGGACUGAAAGGUAGAGAUUACGUCAUUGUACACUCUGAUUCUAUGAAAGACGACAUUUUACAAGAAAUCAAAGACCAUGAAGAUGGACAUGGAAGCGAUCAUGAUCACGAACAUCAAGAAUCUGAAAAUGAAACUGAUAUUGUUAUGCCCCCUGCUUCAACCAGUCAAUCGUCAAUCAAAAGUGAGCCAGUGGUGGCUCCUCCCAGAAAUGGACUUAAUACUUCAUUAGAUGAAAGUGAAUCUGAAUCUUCAGGUGGCAAAGAGGAGAUAAUAGAAUGCCGUUGUACAAUAUGUAACAUUUUGUUUAUGGAUCAUGAAGCUUUAAUUAAACAUCUUGGGAUCAUGCACACAGGAGGAAACAAUAGAACAUGUGAAAUAUGUGGCAAGAAUUUUACCGUGCCUUUCUCACUUAAAAGACAUUUGAUGAUUCAUAUGGGUAUAAAACCCCAUAAAUGUAAUGAGUGCGGCAAAAGAUUUACCGAAAAACAACACCUAGAAUCUCACCAGCGUGUCCAUACAGGUGAGCGACCUUUUAAAUGUCAUAUUUGUCGUAAAGUCUUUUCACAGUCUGGCACACUACAAAAUCACCUUAAGAAACAUGUGGAAGAGCCACAAGCAUCAGCAGAAUUGAGACAAACAGCCAGUCAUGAACAAUUUCUAAAUAAUAUUCAAUAUCAAAUGAUGCUGGCACGAGCUCAGAUGGCACAAGCGCAGGGAUUGGAUAAUCCUCUUGCAUUGUCACAAAUCAUGCCUCCUGGAGUCGACAUGCAGCAUGUGUCUUCAGCCGGAUUAGUUCAGAUGAGGUCAUUAAGUGUUGAUAGUUCUGUUGGAGUUGCACAACCUGCAAAAUCACCGGGGCUUGAUACAAAUGUUGCAGCAGCUUUAGCAUCUAGAUCAAUAAGUGUCGAUAGCGCCAUUGCAUUACAGCAGUUGCAAGAACAAAUGCAAGCAGCUGCUACCAUGGAACGUCAGAUGCAGGAGCAUUUACAAGCAGUUGCUAACGCUGAAAGAGCAAUGCAGGAGCAGAUUCAAGCUACUGCUAAUGCAGAACGUCAAGUUCAGGAACAACUGCAAGCAGAACGUGCAGUCCAAGAACAGUUACAAGCUUCAGCGAAUGCUGAACGAGCUUUGCAAGAACAGAUGCAAAAUUCAGCCAAUGUUGAACAUGCUGUUCAGAAUUCAACUAGAGAUGAACAUGUGUCCGCAGAGCAUGAAGAACAUGUGUCCAAGCAACUGAAGAAUAGUCGUUCAAGGAAUGAACAUUUGCACAAUAAUGCAGACACUAUAGACAAUUCAAAUACUGGUUCCAAGUCCACAGUUGGAGAAUCUCAUCAGUCAAUGGAGCUGGACAGGGAACCAGAUAAAUCAGGACAGGAAACAGUCAUAUCUAAUGAUGUUGAAAUGACAGAAGUGUCACAAGCUUAAAACAUGAAAAAUUGUAUAGUUUUUUUUUUGUAUUAUAUAGUUAAGACGGCUCUGUCUAUUGUCAUGACAGUACAAACAAUGUGGUACAUAUGAAAAUUUGUUAAUGUUUAAAGUUAGUGCAUCACUCUAAUAUUUUUCAAUAUGAAUAUUUUCAAAAGGUAUAAUAUGAGCAAUGAUGGAAGUAAAGUUAUGCAUCAACCAUUUAUCUAAUUUUAUUUUCAAGGGGGAGGGAGGGGAGACAAAUGGGUUUUAUAAUUGUGACAAAAUUAAACAAUUUUUCAAAAAUUUUCAUAAGCAAAUUAUUGUUUUUAAUAUCAUCAAGAAUAUGUUUUGAAACACAAUGUUAUUUUUUUCAUCAUAAUUUUCAAUAAUGAUUAACACUUAAAAAUCUUAUACCUUCUUUAACUUUUUCUUUCUUUUUCAAAAUUUAGAACCAAAGAAUUUAUUGUUUUUUAAAUCCCCAUGCUGCCUCAGAAUGGUCAGUGCUUUAAUUAAGUUUUUAUCUUAUAUAAUGGUUCCCAAAAAUGUUACCAUUAAUACAGAAAGAGUUGACCCCUUGUGGGACCUAAUACAUUUUUAAGCAGAAACUACAUUUAUACAAAAACUAUUUAGUACUAGUAGUUGAAAUUAACAAUUUGAAAAAAAGUCCCUAGUAUCUUUUUUAUAAAUUUUGAUCAACUUGAAUUCAA